AUGGCAAAAUUUCAAUCCAUGCUACAACAUUUUACUCUUUUUCUAGCACUAAUAGUCUUCAAUUAUUCCCUUCAAUCUCAUGCAAGGCUCUUAAAGCCAUUGAACCAACACAACGUUCCUACUUCAACACCAGAGAAGAAAAUUGACUCGUCAAUGAAGUCACACAAUGAAGUAGCCACUUCUUUUGGAGAUUCAAGUGAAAACCAUCACACAUAUGCAUUCCAACCUACAACACCAGGAAAUAGUCCUGGUGUUGGCCAUAGAUACUUUACCGAAGAAAAGUCGAAAAAGACGGUAGUUCAGAGCCCGGACCAUAGCAUAUCUGUGAUUGAGGAUACUAAAAAUGAGUUCAAAAAAACAGACCCAGGUCACAGUCCUGGUGUUGGUCAUGCUUACCAAAACAAAAUUGGAAACUGA